GGCGGGGCCGGGGCUCUGUGUAAGAUGGCGGCGGCGGCGGCAGGAGGCGGCCGGGCCCGGUGCUGACCCCCCCCCCCCCUCCCCCCCCCCCCCCCCAACCCGACCUUUCUCUCGUCUCCCCUUUUAUCCCAGUUACCUCCAACACCCCCUUAGCAGAAGCACCCAGCUUUCCCCCGCCCCCCCCACGGCGAGUGACUGGGCCAGUGCCGGGCCGAGGAUGGACUGGUUGUGAUUCCCGGCGGAGCGUGAGGACGAGGCCAAACCCCCCCCCCCCCUCCCCAAAAUGAAAGUGGAUCGGACAAAGUUAAAGAAAACCCCUACUGAGGCGCCCGCCGACUGCCGGGCCCUCAUCGAGAAGCUGAAAGCGUGCGGCGACGAGCAGCUGCUGGCCGAGCUGCAGCAAAUCAAGACAUGGAACAUCGGGAAGUGCGAGCUCUACCACUGGGUGGAUCUCUUGGAUCGCUUCGACGGGAUCCUGGCGGAAGCCGGUCGACCGGUGGAAAACAUGUCGUGGAUGCUGGCUUGCGACCGGCCGGAGCGCGAGCAGCUCAAAGCCCUCCUCUUGGCUCUCCUCAACUUCACCGCUCUCCUCAUCGAGUACAGCUUCUCCCGCCACCUCUACAGCUCCAUCGAGCACCUGACGACGCUGUUGGCCUCGUCGGACAUGCAAGUGGUGUUGGCCGUGCUCAACCUCCUCUACGUCUUCAGCAAACGCUCCAACUACAUCACGCGCCUGGGGUCCGACAAGCGAAGCCCCCUCCUCUCCCGCCUGCAGCACCUGGCUGAGAGCUGGGGCGGGAAAGAGAACGGAUUUGGGUUGGCCGAGUGCUGCCGGGACCUCCACAUGCUGAAGUACCCUCCCAGCGCCACCACCCUCCACUUCGAGUUCUACGCCGAGCCGGGUGUUGAGGUGAAGGUGGACAAGCGGGCCACCAGCACCACCCUACACUACAUCCACAUCGAGCAGCUGGACAAGAUUUCGGAGAGCCCCUCAGAGAUCAUGGAGUCCCUCACCAAGAUGUACAGCAUCCCCAAAGACAAACAGAUGCUUCUGUUCACCCACAUCCGCCUGGCCCACGGCUUCUCCAACCACAAGAAGCGACUGCAAGCGGUGCAAGCGCGGCUCCACGCCAUCUCCAUCCUGGUCUACUCCAACGCCUUGCAGGAGUCGGCCAACAGCAUCCUCUACAACGGCCUCAUCGAGGAGCUCGUGGACGUCCUCCAAAUCACCGACAAACAGCUAAUGGACAUUAAGGCAGCUUCGUUACGAACCCUCACCUCCAUCGUCCACCUGGAGCGAACCCCGAAGCUGAGCAGCAUCAUCGACUGCACCGGCACCGCUUCCUACCACGGCUUUCUGCCCGUCUUAGUCCGCAACUGCAUCCAAGCCAUGAUCGACCCCUCCAUGGAGCCCUACCCCCACCAGUUCGCCACCGCUCUCUUCUCCUUCCUCUACCACUUGGCCAGCUACGACGCCGGCGGCGAGGCACUGGUCUCCUGCGGCAUGAUGGAGGCGCUGCUCAAGGUGAUCAAGUUCCUGGGGGACGAGCAGGACCAGAUCACCUUCGUCACCCGAGCCGUGCGGGUGGUGGAUCUCAUCACCAACCUCGACAUGGCCGCCUUCCAGUCGCACAGCGGCCUCUCCAUCUUCAUCUACCGCCUCGAGCACGAGGUGGAUCUGUGCCGCCGCGAGUGUCCCUUCGUCAUCAAGCCCAAGGUGCAGCGUCCCCCCGCCGCCGCCCUCCCCGAGGGCGAGGAGAUGGAGACGGACAUGGAAGUGACGGACGUGGCCAUGGAGAGCAGCCCCGGUCCCUCGAGCGACACCCGGCAGGAUCCGGCGAACGCCGCCGUCCCCAGCACCAGCGCCGCCGCCUCCUCGUCCCCCCGCGGCGGCGUCCAGUGCAUCCCCCAACGCGCCGCUUUGCUCAAAUCCAUGCUGAAUUUCCUGAAAAAAGCCAUCCAAGAUCCCGCUUUUUCCGACGGGAUCCGACACGUGAUGGACGGCUCGCUGCCCACCUCCCUGAAGCACAUCAUCAGCAACGCCGAAUAUUACGGCCCUUCGCUCUUCCUCCUGGCGACCGAGGUGGUGACGGUCUUCGUGUUCCAGGAGCCUUCGCUGCUCUCCUCCCUGCAGGACAACGGCCUCACCGACGUCAUGCUGCACGCGCUGCUCAUCAAGGACGUCCCGGCCACCCGCGAGGUUUUGGGUUCGUUGCCCAACGUUUUCAGCGCGCUGUGCCUCAACGCCCGGGGCCUGCAGUCGUUCGUGCAGUGCCAACCCUUCGAGCGGCUCUUCAAGGUGCUGCUUUCGCCCGACUACCUCCCCGCCAUGCGGCGCCGGCGCAGCUCCGACCCCCUCGGAGACACGGCCUCCAACUUGGGCAGCGCCGUGGACGAGCUGAUGCGGCACCAGCCCACCCUCAAGACCGACGCCACCACCGCCAUCAUCAAGCUUUUAGAGGAGAUUUGCAGCCUGGGCCGGGACCCCAAGUAUAUCUGCCAGAAACCCUCGAUGCAGAAGGCCGACGGGACGGCGGCAGCGCCCCCUCCUCGUUCCCCUCACGCCGCCGAAGAAGCCUCGAGCGAGGAUGAGGAGGAGGAGGAAGUUCAGGCCAUGCAGAGCUUCAGCGCCACCCAACAGAGCGAGGCCGAACCCAGCCAGCAGGUGGUGGGCACGGAGGAGCGCAUCCCCAUCCCCCUGAUGGAUUAUAUCCUCAACGUGAUGAAAUUCGUGGAGUCGAUCCUGAGCAACAACACGACGGACGAUCACUGCCAGGAGUUCGUGGCCCAACGGGGGUUGCGCCCCCUCGUCACCAUUUUGGGGCUCCCCAACCUUCCCGUCGACUUCCCCACCUCCGCCGCUUGCCAAGCCGUGGCCGGAGUCUGCAAAUCUAUCCUGACGCUGUCGCACGAGCCGAAGGUGCUGCAGGAGGGCUUGCUGCAGCUGGAGGCCGUCCUGUCGGCGCUGGAGCCCCUCCACCGGCCCAUCGAGGCGCCGGGGGGGUCGGUGCUGCUGCGCGAGCUGGCGGGGGCCGGCAGCGUCCCCGACGCCACCCUCUCGGCGCAGGCCACCCCCCUCCUCCACGCCCUCACCGCCGCCCACGCCUACAUCAUGAUGUUCGUCCACACGUGCCGUGUCGGGCAGAGCGAGAUCCGGGCCAUCUCGGUGAACCAGUGGGGAUCCCAGUUGGGAUUGAGUGUUUUGGGGAAACUGAGUCAGCUCUACUGCUCCCUGGUGUGGGAGAGCACCGUGCUGCUCUCGCUCUGCACCCCGAACAGCCUCCCCCCGGGGUGCGAGUUCGGGCAGGCCGACAUGCAGAAGCUGGUGCCCAAGGAGGAGAAGGCGGCGCCCAGCCCCCCCCAGGGCGGCAAGCGGGCAGAGGGCGAAGGGGAGGGCGGCCCCGGGGGGGCGGGGGGCGUCGGCGACCCCCCCCCAGCGCAGGGGCUGCUGGAGGGGAUGGGGCUGGAGGGCGAGGCCCUGGCGCCCAUGGAGACGGACGAGCCCGGCGCCGCCGACCCCAAGGCCAAGGGCAAGAUCACGCCCGCCAUGGCCGCCCGCAUCAAGCAGAUCAAACCCCUGCUCUCCGCGUCGUCGCGCCUGGGCCGGGCGCUGGCCGAGCUCUUCGGGCUGCUGGUGAAGCUGUGCGUGGGCUCGCCCGUGCGGCAGCGCCGCAGCCACCACGCCGCCGCCGCCGCCCCCGCCCCCACGCCCGCCGCCCGCGCCACCGCCUCCGCCCUCACCAAGCUGCUCACCAAGGGGCUCAGCUGGCAGCCCCCGCCCUACACCCCCACCCCCCGCUUCCGGCUGACGUUCUUCAUCUGCUCGGUGGGCUUCACCUCCCCCAUGCUCUUCGACGAGCGCAAGUUCCCCUAUCACCUCAUGCUGCAGAAAUUCCUCUGCUCCGGCGGCCACAACGCCCUCUUCGAGACCUUCAACUGGGCGCUCUCGAUGGGGGGUAAGGUCCCGGUGGCGGAGGGGCUGGAGCACCCCGACCUCCCCGACGGCACCGGCGAGUUUCUGGACGCGUGGCUGAUGCUGGUGGAGAAGAUGGUGAACCCCAGCACGGUGCUGGAGUCGCCCCACGCUCUGCCCGCGAAGGCUCCCGCCCACGGGCAAGCCCAUUUCAGCGCCCUGAGGUUCCUCGUCGUCACCCAGAAGGUGGGGGUGGCGCUUUGGGG